CUCUUUUUUUUUUCCUUUUUUUUUUUUUUUUAUAUUCUUCUUAAUUUUUUUUUUUUUCCCCUCUUUUUAAUGCUGAAUUACCGCACCGCUCCGCUGAGUCCCGGCGAGCCGAAGACGUUCCCCGGCGGCUUUCCUGGUUGGCGACGUUGAGGGAUUUUUUUGCGUUUUUGGGGAGAGGGGGGGGGGGGACCGCGCGUCUCUUUCCUUUCACGCUGGCCUCACGGAGGAUCUAUUAGAAGUUGAAGUAGGAAGGGAGCGAGCAGGCCGAUGGCGCAAAGGUACGACGAGCUGCCCCACUACGGCGGCAUGGAGGGGGUGGGCAUCCCCACCACCAUGUACGGGGACCCGCACGGCGGCCGCCCCAUGCAGCCCGUGCACCACCUGAACCACGGGCCGCCGCUCCACUCGCACCAGUACCCGCACGCCGCCCACGCCAACGCCAUGCCCCCCGCCAUGGGCGCCUCGGUCAACGAUGCUCUCAAGAGAGAUAAAGAUGCCAUCUACGGACACCCCCUGUUCCCUCUUUUAGCACUGAUUUUUGAGAAAUGUGAAUUAGCCACAUGCACGCCCAGGGAACCCGGGGUAGCGGGAGGCGACGUUUGCUCUUCUGAGUCUUUCAAUGAAGACAUAGCAGUGUUCGCCAAACAGAUCCGAGCAGAGAAACCCCUCUUUUCCUCUAAUCCCGAACUGGAUAACUUGAUGAUCCAAGCCAUACAAGUAUUAAGGUUUCAUCUGUUGGAAUUAGAGAAGGUACACGAAUUAUGUGACAAUUUCUGCCAUCGGUACAUUAGUUGUUUGAAAGGAAAAAUGCCUAUCGAUUUGGUCAUAGACGAUAGAGAGGGCGGAUCAAAAUCGGACAGCGAGGACAUAACGCGGUCGGCAAACCUCACCGAUCAGCCCUCCUGGAACAGAGAUCAUGAUGACACAGCAUCGACGCGUUCUGGGGGAACCCCUGGGCCCUCCAGUGGGGGACACACAUCGCACAGUGGGGACAACAGCAGUGAGCAAGGUGACGGCUUGGACAACAGUGUAGCUUCCCCCAGCACAGGUGAUGAUGAUGAUCCAGAUAAGGACAAAAAGCGACAUAAAAAGCGUGGCAUCUUUCCCAAAGUAGCCACAAAUAUCAUGAGGGCAUGGCUGUUCCAGCAUCUAACACACCCUUACCCUUCAGAAGAACAGAAAAAGCAGUUGGCACAAGACACGGGGCUCACUAUACUUCAAGUGAACAAUUGGUUUAUUAAUGCUAGAAGAAGGAUAGUUCAGCCCAUGAUAGACCAGUCCAAUCGAGCAGUAAGCCAAGGGACACCCUACAACCCUGACGGGCAGCCGAUGGGAGGCUUCGUGAUGGACGGCCAGCAGCACAUGGGCAUCCGAGCGCCAGGGCUGCAAAGUGUGCCAGGGGAUUAUGUGUCUCGGGGUAGUCCAAUGGGUAUGAACAUGGGACAGCCAAGCUAUACCCCGCCCCAGAUGCCCCCCCAUCCCGCUCAGCUGCGUCACGGCCCCCCCAUGCAUACUUACAUUCCUGGACACCCUCACCACCCAGCGAUGAUGAUGCAUGGAGGACCACCCCACCCCGGAAUGCCCAUGUCAGCAUCCAGCCCCACAAUGCUUCAUCCCGGCGAGCCGGCGGCGAGCGGACAAGUGAUGGACAUUCAUGCUCAGUAGCUUAAGGGAACGAAUGCGCGCUGUCCACAGAGACGGCGAAUUUCAAACAUUGUCUUUCUGCAGUGACUGCGGAGUUCCGUUCUUGGCGUCAACUUUGGACCAAGGGACGUUCCUAUUCCUCACAGGGACCCUGACAAGCAGGAAAACACCGACUGAAGUCAACUUCUGGGGACAUGCUAAGUACCUAUAUGAGACAUUAAGAGAACAAAGAGUGAGAUAUUGUAAAAUGCUAUUAUACUGUUAUCCAUAUUACGUUGUUUCUUAUAGAUUUUUUAAAAAAAAAAAUGUGAAAAUUUUCCACACUAUGUGUGUUGUUUCCAUAGCUCUUCACUUCCUCCAGAAGCCUCCUUAUGUUGAAAAGAAGCCUUACACUCAUCCUGCAAAUGACAGAAAGGGCUUAUUUGCAGGAUUUUUAGAGCAUUAAAAUAACUACGUCAGGCAGAAGAAUCUUUCUUCUAUCCUAGGAUUUCAGCCAUUCACACUCUCUCUCUCUCUCUCUCCCCCUUUCUUCCCCUUUUUCUCCCUCUCUCCCAGUCUCUCUCUCUCUCUUUUUCUAGCCCGGGGCGUGAAUUUGCAUGUCUAAUUCAUUUACUCACCAUAUUUGAAUUGGCCUGAACAGAUGUAAAUCGGGAAGGAUGGGAAAAACUGCAGUCAUCAACAAUGAUUAAUCAGCUGUUGCAGGCAGUGUCUUAAGGAGACUGGUAGGAGGAAGCAUGGAAACGGAAAGGCAUUGUAUACCGAAGCCUAAUUGUCACAUCAGAGCAUCAUCGUCCCCAUGCAGCAACCACCACCUUGUACAUCACUUCCUGUUUUAUGCAGCUCCAAACAUGGACUGAAGAUUUAUUUUGUAAUACGUUGAACUUUCUUCUUCUGGGCGAAGCAUCCAUUGGUCACGUGUGCGUUGUUUGGUUGUUUUUUUUCCAUAUAGUCCCAUCAUCAUGGAGCAUUUCUGUACACAUUGUAAAUAAAUUUUGUGCAAAAAAGAAAAAAGAAAAAAAAAAGAAAAAAAAAGAAAAAAAAGAAAGAAAGAAGGAAGAAAAAAAAAAGGACUGGAAAAAUGAUCUGUAUUAUUGCAAUUUCUUUUUGUAAAAGUAGCAGUUUGGUAUGAGUUGGCAUGCAUCCAGAUUUACUAAGUGGGAUAAGCUAAUUAUACUUUUGUUGUGGUUAAACAAAUGCUUGUUGAUAGCCUUUUUUCUAUCAAGAAAACCAAGGAGCUAAUUAUUAUUAAUAAUAAUCAUUGCACACUGAGUCUUAGAGUUUCUGAUUGAAACAGUUUGGAUUGUAUAAUAACUCAAAGCCCAGUUGUAGUAGUUUGAGUGCAGUAAUGAAAUCUGAAUCUAAAAUAAAAACAAAUUAUUUUUUGUCA